GUCAUAGGUUGCUAAGUAACAAAAGCGCGCUUGCUGCGAAGACAGCACAGCAGCUAUCAAGAGUCGCCGGUAUUUUUGGCUGAAGUGACUCAAUGUUGGUUCGUUUAGAUUAGUGAAAACUCUACGUUUGGAAUCAUGAUGACGAUAAAAGACGGCGAGUACACGGCAACCAUCUACAAACUGAUAAAGGACAGUCAGUAUGUUGAGGCCAUCCACAUAUUAAACAGCCAACUUCAGAAGCACACAAGAUCCAGAGCUGCACUGUCUCUGCUGGGCUUCUGCUACUAUCACAUCCAGGACUUCAGCAGCGCCGCAGAGUGCUAUGAGCAGCUCACCCAGCUGCAUCCAGAAGUGGAGGAGUACAAGGUGUACUACGCCCAGAGCCUCUACAAAGCGGGCUCAUAUGUGGAGGCCACCAAGGCCUCCUUUGCACUGGACACGGCCACCAGUCACAUUAAGAUGAUCAAGCUUCAGGCCUCCAUCAAAUAUUUUGAGGAGAAUUACUCCGCUGCCAAGUCUCUGGUGGAGCAGCUGCCCCAGGAGGACCCGGACUACGUCUACAACAUGGGCUGCCUGCUCUACCAGGACGCCAAGUACGAGGACGCCUGCAAGAAAUUCACGUCAGCCAUGCAGCUGCUGGGAUACGUGCCCGCGCUGUCUUACAACAUCGCGCUGUGCUACUACAGAAUGAGCAACUAUGCCCAGGCCCUCAAGUACAUUGGCGAGAUCAUCGAGCGAGGCAUCAGGGAACAUCCAGAGCUGAGCGUAGGUCUGACGACCGAGGGCAUCGACGUGCGCAGUGUGGGCAACACGCUGGUUUUGCAUCAGACGGCGCUCAUUGAAGCCUUCAACCUCAAAGCCGCCAUCGAAUACCAGCUGAAGAACCUGAAAGGAGCUCAGGAGGCUUUGACGGACAUGCCGCCACGAUCAGAGGAGGAGUUGGACACGGUGACCCUCCACAAUCAGGCUCUACUCAACAUGGACUCCAAGCCGUCGCAAGGUUUUGAGAAGUUGGCCUUCCUGCUGCAGCAGCCGUCCUUCCCUCCUGUCACUUUUGGAAACUUGCUGCUGCUCUACUGCAAACAUGAGUACUUUGAUCUGGCAGCCGACGUCCUGGCAGAAAAUGCCCACCUCACCUACAAAUUGCUGUCUCCGUACGAAUAUGAGUUCCUUGAUGCCUUUUUGACCUGCCAGACGGCACCGGAGGAGGCAUUCAGGAAGUUUGAUGACAUGAUCGGCAAAAUGACGGAGAAGUUACGCAAGCUGGCCAAGCAGCUGCAAGAGGCCAAGGCAGUUCGAGAUGACGAAGGACAGAAGAAAGCUCUGCACGAGUACGACACCAUGCAGGAGAAGUACAUCGUGGUUCUGAUGGCUCAGGCCAAGAUUUACUGGAACCGGGAGAACUUCCAGAUGGUGGAGAAGAUUUUCCACAAGUCGAUGGAGGUGUGCAACGAGGACGACACGUGGAAGCUGAACGUGGCCCACGUGCUCUUCAUGCAGAACAAGUACAAGGAGGCCAUCAGCUUCUACGAGCCCAUCGUCAAGAAGCACUACAACAACAUCUUGAACGUGAGCGCCGUGGUCCUGGCCAACCUGUGCGUGUCCUACAUCAUGACCAGCCAGAAUGAAGAGGCUGAGGAGCUGAUGAGGAAGAUUGAGAAGGAGGAGGAGCAGAUCUCCUACGACGACCCAGACAAGAAAGUCUUCCACCUCUGCAUCGUCAACCUGGUCAUCGGUACUUUGUACUGCGCUAAGGGCCACUAUGAUUUUGGCAUCUCUCGUGUCAUCAAGAGCCUGGAGCCUUACAACAAGAAGCUGGGGACAGACACGUGGUUCUACGCCAAGCGCUGCUUCCUGUCUCUGCUGGAGAACAUGUCCAAACACAUCAUCACGCUGAAGGGUGUGGUGGUGCAGGAGUGCAUUCAGUUCCUGGAGAACUGCGAAGAGUUCGGGAAGGAAGUCCCUGCCAUCAUCGAGCAGCCUCUGGAGGAGUCACGUGUUCAAAUGGGGAAGAACACCGUCACCUACGAAGCCCGGCUCCUCAAAGCCCUCUUCCACAAGGUCACCAGCUGGAAUGAGUGACGUCACGAAGGUCCACCACCAGGAUUUAAACGGCAGAGACACUCUGGCUCACACACACACACACACACACUAAUGUUUCCCAUACAUUUAUUGACUUGUGAUGGACAGCCAUAUAGUGAGCCAUAUAUGGCAUCACAAAUGUUUUUUAAUCCUACCACAAAUGUGUGAUAACGUCGCACACAGUUUUUCCUGAUGGACCCCCCCCACCACACACACACACACCACAGAUACAUAGCAGUCCUGUAUGAAACACUGCACACACACGUCCAUGUGUUUAUUUUGGAUGUGGUGUUUUUCCAUACAUUCAUGGUCAUGACACAAAAGGCUUCGUACUUCAUACGUAUGUGCAUUAUACUUGGAAUAUAAAACAGGCAGCUUAUAUUGGUACUUAAAGUUAUUUUAUAUCACUUAUGUUGUGUUGGUUUGUUAGCAGGAUGGCACAAUAACAACUUCUUCUCUACUCUGCUUUGUGGAGGACUCCAUGAAGAGCCGCUUAAGGACCAAAAAGGGGAAUAGUAUCAAUGAAGGUGUACCAUUCAGUC